AUGGGAGCUUUCCCUCCAUAUCUUGAUAUUCGUCCAGUCCUGAUCAAUAGUCUAUUGAGUACUGAGGAGUUUCUUGAACCAAGUGGAGAAGAAAGUUUUGAAGAAUUCUCCAAUAAAUGCUUGAAAAGGCUUUCUAUUUGGUAUCAUCUUGUUCUCAACACAUCAGAUUCUUGGUUUUCAAGUAAAAGGUAUCGCGUGCAUUCUUGCUGGCAAUACUUGUGUCAAGAACAAGCUAGUAAGAUCAAGUUUCUACAUGUCUUACAAAGUUCUGAUGAUGUUAUAAAAUAUCAGCGCCGGUUGUGCGCCCAUUGCAACACUUUAUUCUGCUUCAAACAAGUGUAUGAUUCGAUAAAAAGUGAUUGUGCAUCCACUGUCCGUUCUCUCCUUUGUUUUGGUCCUUAUCACCAAUAUCCAGUGCCAAUACAUGCCAUGUGUUUCAAGUUGCUUAGGGUAUUACAUGCUGUUGAUGUUCGAUUUUACCAUAUCCCAAUUGAAAUUUUGAAACCAGUUUGUCUACAAUACCUUGCUCUAACUUGCAACGGGGAGCUCCCUGCUUCCAUAUCCAAUCUUUUUCACCUUAUUGCAAGACAUACGAACAUUAAAAAGCGUGGAGUUCAGUCAUAUAUGCCUGUGCAAAUUUGGGACAUGCAAGAGCUAGAGCAUCUUGAGAUAUGGGGAAGCGACCUACCAGCCCCUAACUCUGAUGCUACCUUGAAAAAACUCAUCACACUUUUUGGUGUAAGUGCAAACAGUUGUACAACAGAAGUUCUCAAAAGAAUUCCUAAUUUAAAGGUAUUAGGAAUUGAAGUGGAGUUGAAACCUUAUGAUGAUGAUGUUGAUGAAACUAACCCAUUGAGUUACUUGGGUUAUAUCUCACAACUCCAGAAUUUGGACAGACUUGGAUAUCGCGUUAGGAAUCCUUCAUAUCAGUUUAAUGCUACCUAUUUGAUUCCUCUUUCAAUGUUCCCAUCAAGUCUUGAAAUGUUACAUUUGAGUGGAUUGUGGUAUCCUUGGAAGUACAUAAAUGACAUUGGUUCAUUGCUGCCAAAUCUCAAAAGUCUCAUAUUAGAAUGCUAUGCAUUUCGAGGCCCAGAGUGGGAAAUAGAAUCAAGGGGAUUCUUGAAACUUACUAGACUUCUAAUUGAAGACACCGAUUUGGUGCAAUGGAGACCUCAACGUGGAAGUUUUCCGGAGCUUCGAAGCCUAAGCAUGAAGCAUUGCUACAAAUUACAACAACUCAAUUGGCCGUAUGAUCACUCUUGGAUCACAGAAAUUGAAUUAAUUGACUGCAGUCCUUUAGCUGUUGCUUGUGCCAAUCAAUUAAAAGACAAGUUUUCCUUUAAACGUAUCGUUGAUUCUUCUUUUUGA